GGUGCUGGCUCCAACUGGAAAGGAACCGGUCCCAGCCCAGCCGGGGAGGCUGCGGGAGAGCCGGCAGCGCUGGGCAGAGCACGCCGGCCCCGGUCCCGGCGCCGUUCCCGGCCCGAGCAGCGCCGCCCGCCAUGGGCACCGCGCCCCCCAGUGGGUCUGUGAAGGCGGGGAAGAUGCCAGAAGGGGAGAAAAUGGGACAAUGUAAGCAAGAAGAGGAGCAGCAACAGAAAGAGGAGCGGGAGGGUCUCAUCGAAUUCUACAGUUCCUACCAGGAGCUAUUCCAGUUCUUCUGCAGCAACACGACCAUCCACGGGGCUAUCCGCCUGGUGUGCUCCAAAAAGAAUAAGAUGAAGACAGCCUUCUGGUCAGUCCUCUUCUUUCUCACCUUCGGCUUAAUGUACUGGCAGUUCGGGAUCCUCUACAGGGAGUACUUCAGCUACCCUGUCAACCUCAACCUCAACCUGAACUCCGACAGGCUGACUUUCCCGGCCGUGACGCUGUGCACCCUCAACCCGUACAGAUACAGCGCCAUCCGUAAGCAGCUGGAUAAGCUGGACCAAAUCACCCAGCAGACACUGCUAGACCUCUAUGACUACAACAUGUCUCUGCCACAGAGAGACUGGUCCACAUCGUCCUCACAAAAGCGCAGCUCAAGGAGCCUGCUCCAUCACGUCCUGCGCCAUCCUUUGCGGAGGCAGAAGCGGGACAACAUAGUCAACUUGCCAGAGAACAGUCCCUCAGUGGACAAGAAUGACUGGAAAAUUGGCUUUGUUCUGUGCAAUGAAAACAACGACUGUUUCCAUCAGGCGUACUCCUCGGGAGUGGAUGCCGUGCGGGAGUGGUACAGCUUUCACUACAUCAAUAUCCUGGCACAGGUGCCUGAUGCAAAAGCCCUGGACGAGUCUGACUUUGAGAAUUUCAUCUAUGCUUGCCGCUUCAAUGAGGCAACGUGUGACAAGGCGAACUAUACCCACUUCCACCAUCCUUUGUAUGGCAACUGCUACACCUUUAAUGACAACAGCAGCAGCGUGUGGACAUCCUCGAUGCCUGGGAUCAAUAAUGGUCUCUCUCUGGUGGUGCGCACCGAGCAGAAUGAUUUCAUCCCUCUGCUGUCCACGGUGACGGGAGCCAGGGUCAUGGUCCAUGAUCAGAAUGAGCCAGCCUUCAUGGACGACGGGGGCUUCAAUGUUCGCCCUGGCAUCGAGACCUCCAUCAGCAUGAGGAAGGAGAUGACCAUGCGCCUUGGGGGCAGUUACAGCGACUGCACAGAGGAUGGCAGUGACGUGCCAGUGCAAAACCUGUACUCAUCCCGCUACACCGAGCAGGUCUGCAUUCGCUCCUGCUUCCAGCUCAACAUGGUAGAACGCUGUGGCUGUGCAUACUACUUCUAUCCCUUGCCCCAUGGAGCAGAGUACUGUGACUACACGAAGCACAAAGCCUGGGGCUACUGCUAUUACAAGCUCCUGGCUGAAUUCAAAGCUGACGUCCUGGGCUGUUUCCGCAAGUGUCGGAAACCUUGCAAAAUGACAGAAUACCAGCUGUCAGCUGGAUACUCCCGCUGGCCUUCGGCUGUCUCAGAGGACUGGGUUUUCUACAUGCUUUCACAACAGAACAAAUACAAUAUCACAUCCAAGAGGAAUGGAGUUGCCAAAGUGAACAUCUUUUUUAAGGAGUGGAACUACAAGACCAAUGGGGAGUCUCCAGCCUUCACGGUAGUGACUCUGCUGUCCCAGCUUGGGAACCAGUGGAGUCUCUGGUUUGGAUCCUCUGUCCUGUCUGUGAUGGAGCUUGCAGAGCUGGUUCUGGAUUUCAUUGCCAUCACCUUUAUCCUGGGCUUCCGCUGGUUCCGCUCUCGGCAGAAGCUGCCUCCGCCGACACCCGCUCUGAGCAGCCAGGAUAACGCGGCUUUCCAGGAUGAGGCACCAGCUCUCCACGCUCCACAUCGCUUCACUGUUGAGGCUGUAGUGACCACGCUGCCACCCUACAACAGCCUGGAACCACGUGGGCCGAGCAGGGAUGGUGAGGAGGGACACGAGUGAGGCAGCGGCUUCUCCCACCGUUCAGAUGGCUGGCAGCUGGAGCAGAGGCUGCUCUCUUUGUCUGCGGGGCCUGCGUUUCCUUCUUUCUUCAUGGACCAUAGCAAGACUGCUCCAUGAUUGGCCUGGGCUCAUUGCUUUCACUUCUGUAGGCACAUUCUUCAGUCUCAUAAAAUACUAUUGCUGUGGGAUCACCAGGGAUGAGAGUUGAUCUAGUGUAUGUGUGGGGGAGAUGUCCUCUUGAUUUCCUUAUGCUCUGUGCAUGUGCACACCUACAUGUGCAGGCAUGCUUUCUUUUCCCUCCAACAAGGAUGCUGCCACAGUUCUGGUCUGUCAUUAAUUAAAGAGGUUUGGCAGGUGUGACUGGCCUCCUCUGUGGUAUGACAAGGAACAGGAAUGGAGUCUUAGCAGGGGUACAAAUCUCUCAACAGGCUGAGCUUCGUUAAGCUUUCCCUAAAUCGGUUGCUCUUUCCUCAUUCUUCAUGAGCUCUCAAGCCUGUGUCACCUACCCUCUCCUCCCCUCAAGGAGAGGCCACUUGAGACAAGAGCCACUGGCACGAUCUUAAUCUGUAUUACACACAGUGCUCUGGAGAGGUGCUUGAAGCUUGCUGCCACUCCCAGGUCAGGGACAAAACACCCUGGCAAAGUAAAGGCUCCCUUUUCAAGCUGCCUGUGUGCCAUUGGCAGAUCUUGGGUGUCCCCCCUUCCUUGGGAUGCACCAUACAUGUGUACCUCCAGCUAUUCGAUUGUUUGAUUUGCCCCAGAGCUGUUGGCAAUCUCUACAACUGCUGGACCCUCCCUGCUUUCUUCCUGAGGGAAGCAGUUUGGCAGGAUUAUGAACACUCUCCAAAAACCCCAGAUGUAACCUCUGCAGCAAUGGGAUCCUGCAAGAGAGGCUCAGAGCAGCGCAGGUCAUGCAGUGCAUGUUCUGUUCCUCCCAGCCCUUGUCUGGUCCACCCACAGAAACUCUGCUGAGCCUCUUGUUCCUGAGGGAAGCACAGGAAAGUACUGCAGGCUCCAAUCAAAAGUGCUUCCAAGGAAAGCUUUAGCCAUAGGCAAAAAUGGUCCUCUUCUCAGGAACUAACUUGAGGACCUUUGUGUGAGAACACGUUUCUUGCAGUGAGCUUGCCAUACUCUUUUCUUACAAAUACUCAGACUUCUGCUGCAAUGGUGUUUGCUCUGCACUUUAUGGGGUAUCAAGAGAGCAAGGGUGAUGUCCUUAAAAAACAGGAUUAUCCACUUCACAGGACAAACAGAGAUACCAGAAUUUAAGCAGUUUAGGCAAAGACCUGUGGAACCCUGUAACCAGCCACACUGUGAACAGCCACUUUUGAAUUUAAAACUAGUUAAUCAUAACAAAAGAAAAACUGAAGCUAUUUUAAAAUUUAAGGUAGAUGCACUGCCCUUGGGAAGUUGGAGGAGUUUACUGUGGUAUCUAAACUGUUGCCCAAUUUUUCUCUUUGAGAUGCUAAACACAUGCUGGUUGUACUGCUCUUGCCUUCAUUACCCAAAAGCAUUUUCCAAUUCCCAGCAGAGUGAUUUUAUUCUUCUUCACAUACACACACAAAUGCUAUGUUCUUCAUUGCACAAAUAUUCCUGGUUUUACAAAUUUUAUCCCAGUGCUCAGCUGAUAACUCUUGUUUGAAAGUGAAGAUAAUGUCUCUCAGCUAGGAAUAGAAGCUGGUAAUUCAGGAGGUGUCCUUCAGCAAGGGUGGCAGCCCAGCAGGAGGGAGGGGCUGCAACAAGCACUUAGAGGUGUGGAAACAUGAAUUCCUCCUUGGAGGCCCCCAUUAGAAAAAAAACCCAGAGCUUCUGCAAACAUGAAAAAAAUCCAUUUUCUAAAUGAAGUAAAAAAGAGUGAGCAAUGAA